CCCCAUUUCGCUCCGCGUCCCCACCCCCAAAACCCCCGGCAAGAACCUUUGCUCUCCGGCGUCUCCGGCCACCUAUCCAUGGAGGCCACCGCUGCGCCGCGGUCUCUCUCCCUCCUGGCGCCAUCUCCACCGCCUUCGCUGCGGAUGGAUUGUUGGCGCGUCUCCUUUGGAGGUGUGAGGCGGCGGGGGGCCGUGGGAGUCACUGCGAAGAAGAAGAGGGGGAGGGGCGGGGACGGGGAUGCGGAGGAGCGGGUGGACACGCACAGCUUUGCUCCCAAGGCCGGCGAGGCCGCCGGGCUGUUUCCCGAGGCCGUCCUGCUUAGGAAGAAAAUGGCGAGAGAGGAUGGUCAAGUGGCACCAGAAUUUGCUGAUGCAGAAGAAGAAAAGCUAUAUGACUUUCUUAACAUUCAGCUUGAGAGUGAUUUAAAUUUAAAAAGAAUGCGGCACUAUGAAGUAGUUUAUCUAAUUCAUGAGGAUUGCGUUGAAGAAGUUGAAGAUGUUGUAUCAAAAGUACAAGAUUUUGUCAGGGAGAAGAAAGGAAGAAUAUGGAGGCUUAACGAUUGGGGAUUGCGCAGGCUUGCUUACAAAAUAAAGAAAGCAACACAUGCCAACUACAUCUUAAUGAACUUUGAGAUAGAGUCAAGGUACAUCAAUGACUUCAAGACCCUGCUAGACAAGGAUGAAAGGAUCAUCAGACACCUUGUUAUGAAACGGGAUGUGGCAAUUACUGAAGACUGCCCUCCCCCACCAGAGUUCCACUCUCUGCGAGCUCAACAAUAUUUUGAUGAUGAAUAUGAAGAUGAGGAGGAAGAGGAAGAGGAGUAUUCGGAUGCCAGGAGUGAACUAGAGUCUGCCAAUUACGAUGAGGAUGAUGUUGAAGCUAGUGAUGAACCUGAAAUUAUUUAUAUUGAUGAAGCUGAUCAGGACAAUUACGAAGACAGUCAAGACACUAGAAGAAGGAACUGGAAGCUGAAGGUGAAGAAGUAUACAACAGAGAAGGUAUUGAGGUAGCAUUAGUCUGUGUGGUUUUCAAUUAGUUGAAGUUCUUUUUUUAGUUCUUAUACAAAGGACCUCCUCUAUCUGUAUGAUGAGGAAGCUUCACUUAGUGCCUUUUCGGGUGCCAACGACCACUACUGUGAUAAUGAGAUAGGUAUAUGUGUUAUGAUCGGUACAGCCCUUGUAGAUGCCUUCUUUAGUGCACCUUGUUUUUGUGAGUAUCACUUUAAUUUGCCAAGAAAACCAAAAGCUUAAGUAAUUUAUUAUGAGUUCAAAA